GUCGAAUACCUGCCAGUGGGUACCCACAAGUUCUUGUGUCAAGUGCACCAGGUGAUCAAUUUUUUUUAGCAAUUAAUCAGUUGUGAUACGCAGCCUUUCACAGUGGCCACAAAGUCUGUUCAAGCUGGACCCAGCUAGUUGCUACUACUACUAGACUAGGCUCCCAGGCCACUGGGUGCCUGUCUGCCAGCGCUUAUUUCCUGAUUAUGAAUGUCGAUCUUAGGGAAGUUCAUACUGGUAACGAGAAGUCCUAAUUUCGUUAUAAACAUCAAGAUUCGGCUUUAAGCAAUCCUUUUCGCCACACUCCCUGCUAUCGCAUGUUCAUCACAUGCCACACUGUCUGUUUCUCUCCUUGUAUCUGCUGGGCACCGUGACUCUGGUAGUUUCUGCUCAACAGCAAGUCGUCCUUGGGAGUACCAAUCCAGAUAUUGUCUACGUUCCUCCACUAUGCAAUGUUUCAAAUAUAGGAUGUCCUAGUGCAUGGCAGCAAAUAUAUAUUGAGUGUCCUAGCACUAAUGGAACACCGGUAAUUGUUACUACUACAACUGGCCCACAAUCCGGGAACUUGGUACCCCAGUUGUUUUUGACCUUUAGAGCAUCAACGAUAUAUCUGCGCACAUCUCCCUUUUCCAACGCGACUGUCAAUUUCUCCAUAACCGCUGAUCCGAGCGGCGUUACAAUUACAAAUCAGGUCAAUACUAACAUCGACCAGCUUAUCAUCGCCGAUAACCUGCCCGAGUCACAGACGUCGACAUUAGGCAUCACAUUCCUCCAAGGGCUUUCUCCCACCCGUUUCGACGUCGAGUCGAUCACGCUCAACGUCACAAAUAGCAGUGCGACCUCCUCUUAUCUUCCAACACUAUCAUUACCCACAUCCAGUUUUCCUCCGAGCCUUUUGCCCUCCUCAACGAGCACAGUAAAUUCGACUACCAGCCAGCGAACAGGCAUUAUCAUCGGUGCGACUGUGGGCGGGGUACUUGGCUCUUUGGCCGUAUCGAUAGCCAGUUUUUGUGUUUAUUGGAGGUGGCGAAGGCGACGGAUUUGGCGGUCGGAGGUAGAUGUAGGAAUAUAUCCAAUGAGACCACGGACGACAAGGACUUGGUGAUUGUGAUACAUCGUAUACCUUAUAUCGGGACUUCGUAUUUUGGUAUAAACACUGGACACCUUAUUUAACAUACUGUAAUUUAUCGUACAAUUGAACACAGCAGAGUGCGAAAUGA